AAGAACAACACUUUUCUUGCUUACAGGCCCGUGCGAAAGGAUGCUUUUUAGCUUGUAAUUGGCGCAUGACCGAAGUUGUCUAGUAUGCUCAGUGAUAUGAUACCAUUUCUAUACCUAGGUACUGUUGUCGUUAUAUGAGGAGUAAAACCGUGCUAUUACGUCCUCUCAUCCUUCAGCACCACCACCACUGCUCUUUCUGUUCAUCCCCUUUCCCAAAAUCACCCGUCUUUUCUUUACCUCCCUCAUUCUUCCGAACAAGAUAUAUUCAUUCAACAUCUUCCAAAAUGGCUAGCAGCAAGACUGUAGCCCCAUACGGUACAUGGAAAUCACCAAUCACUGCCGAUAUAUUGACACAAAAAAGUGUUUCAUUUGGCGAAAUUACAGUUCUGUCAUCUAAUGCAAAUCAAGCGGAAAUUGCUUAUGUGGAAAACAGACCUGAAGAAAGCGGUCGUGCAGCCUUUGUAAAACAGACGAUUCGUUUGGAUUCACUAGAGGCAGCUCGUAGCGGUGUAUUAGUAGAAGACAAAUUGGAUCUUUCAAAAGGAGAAUACAAUGUACGUUCUGGAGUACACGAAUAUGGAGGUGGUGCGGUAGCCAAGUUUGGUGAUGGUUCUGCGAUUUUUACAGACUACAAGUCUUUUAAUAUCUUCAUUGCUGAUGGAAAAGGGAAUGUGCGUCAAAUUACAGAAGACCAUAAAGCAUUCCGUUAUGCCGAUUUCAGCAAGCAUCCCACUUUGCCAUAUAUUUUGGCCAUUCAAGAAGAUCACACAUUUGAUGAACCAUCAAAAGUGGUCAAUACACUAGUUGCUAUUCAUACCGAAACAAGAAAAGUCUACACAGUUGCUCAAGGCUACGACUUUUACACAUCGCCUCGUUUCUCUGCCGAUGGUAAUCAUGCGGCUUACGUUGCUUGGAAUCAUCCAAGUAUGCCAUUCUGGGCAACAGAAAUGUGGGUUGCUAGAUUCGUACUGGAGAACGAUCAACCGCGCUUCGAAGCGGACAAGAAAGUAUGUGGUAAUAACACUGAUGAGGUCGCAAGGCAUCCUGUCUGGGCUAGCAGCGACACUUUGUACUUUACUCGGGACAAGAGUGGAUUUGCAAACCCAUGGAAAGUAAGCAUAUACAGUGAUGAAAAAUCUACCACCAUUCAAAUCAACGAUCUCAAGCCUUUGCUCACGAAGCCGUUCGAAGGGGACUUUUCCAGUCCACCAUGGUCAUUGGGCAAUUCAGAUUUUGUCGUACUAUCACCCGAUUGGCUAGUAUGUAUCGUCACUUCGCAUGCAUACAGCUCUUUGAAUUUGCUACACAUUCCAACAGGACAAAUUCGACAAUUGGAGACACCCUUUGUGGACAUUUAUGCGUUACAGCUGGCCGGUCCACACUCUGUCGUCUUCCGUGCUACCGAAGCAAGUCAGCCUUCUUCUCUGAUAGUUUUGGAUUUGGUUGAAGCUCUUAAAGCUGUGAACGGAAAGCCAACAUGGCACGUUAUCAAGCGUAGCUCUAGCAUGAUUGAAGAUGGCACAAUUUCGCCUACGUUCCUACCAAAGUGUGAACCGAUUGAAUUCCCUACAGAAUUACCUAACGGUAAGAAGUCCACUUCGCACGCUUUGCUCUUCCUACCAGGCAAUCCUGACUAUAUAGCACCGGCAGGUACGUCUCCACCGUGUAUUAUGAAAAUUCAUGGUGGGCCUACAAGUCAUGCUACACCGGGACUAGAUCUAUCGACAAGUUAUUGGACAUCCCGAGGAUAUGCACUUUGCAAAGUCAACUACGGUGGAAGCACGAGUUUCGGCAGAGAAUUUAUGAAUCGUUUGAUGGCUCAAUGGGGUGUUGUUGAUGUUCGCGAUACGAUUGCUGCUGCAAAUUAUCUGGGAGCUUCCGAUCAUGGCAAACAGAAUAGCAAGGCGACCAGACGAAUCGACUCAAAAGCACAAGAGCAAAAUGUAUCUCUUAAGGAAAAGCAAAUGAUCAACGGUGCAGUAGAAUUUUCACUCAAAAGACAAACCUCGUGGUUGGAUACUAUUAUGAACGUGUUGAUAGGUACAACAGUUGGCGCUGCUUCCUCAUUCAUUCCAAAUGUUGAUGCUCGUUUUGCUGUCUUUGCCGGUGGAUUGACCUGGCUUUUGCGUCAUAUUACCCGUGUUCAAAGCGAAAGUGUGUUGGUGAUGCCUAAUACCGGUAUUCAAUUGAGCACAGUGCGUGGCUUCCACUUGCCGAAGUUCUCAAAAGAACUUGAAAGAUCAAACCUCAUCGUUACAAGUUCUAAUUCAAAGCUUAUCCCCCGAGAUGCAAUUUUAGACGUAUUUACAAAAGAAUCGAUCCAUCGUUGGAAGGUAAUUGAUUACGUCGCUGUUGCGACAAAAGCUCCUGGAAGUACCCUCGCAUCUGAGAAGGCUUCCAAACCAACUUCAUCUUACGGAAACAAAUUGCAAGUGCUUUUCCCAAACUUACUCCCAGGAUUGCCAGUAGUCGAACGAGUCUAUCGCACCAUUUAUCCAGUCUUAUUCGGUGAAAAGGGAACUUCCACAGUCUCUGUUCCUCCUCGUGCUGACCCGAACAAGAUUGCAAUCAGCGGUGGAUCGGCCGGUGGGUAUACCGUGCUUGCUGCUCUUUGUUUGAGCCCUUAUGCAUUCGGAGCAGGAGCUGAUUACUUUGGAGUUUCUAACAUUGCCGAUCUUGCUGCUGAAUCGCACAAAUUCGAAUCGCAAUAUGUCAAUCAAUUGAUGGGAGGACCUCCGGAAAAGAUACCAGAAGUGUACAAAUCUCGUUCUCCGAUUUAUAUGGCAGAUCGUAUUCGUUCCCCACUCUUGAUCUUGCAAGGCGAGAUUGAUAAAGUGGUUCCGCCAGCUCAAAAUAAGACAAUUUACGAAGCUGUUAAGAAACAAGGCGUCAAGACAAAGUACAUCGAAUAUGAAGGAGAAGGCCAUGGAUUCAGAAAAAGUGAAAAUAUCAAAAGAUCAUUGGAAGAGGAAGAAGCAUGGUAUCGAGACGCCUUUAAAUUGUAAAAAGAUGCUAAACACAUUGUAGACAUCCUUGUGCUAUAUAAUUCCAUCCCUUCCUCACUCAUCCUCACAAAGCUUUUUAAGAUCUCGAAUAUAAUUGCAGUUGAUGUACAUUUUGAGUUGAUUUAAUGUUUCUCACUUUUUGCCCUUCUUCUUCUUUUUCUUAUUUGCACCACCACCGCUACCUCCGCCAGCUGUCGCAUUUCCUGUUGCC